AUGCCUGCCAUAUGGUCCAACCUAUCCAGAUCUUCCUCCCGCACAGAUGUCCCUUCUGCAGCCUCAGCCUCAGCCUCAGCCUCAGCGAUUCCACCGCCAACUCCGAGGACUUGCACCGAUCACCCCAACGGCCCUUCAAAGAUUGAAAUCGAGCCUCAAGUGACCAACGUCGUUCUACAAGGUCUCCCCGGCGACUCGACUCCGUACACUCUCCGCGGACUUGUUAAAAUCCACUUGAGUCACUCCACCGAGUUCAAGGAUAUCGUUAUCCAAGUGUCUGGCAAGUGUAGAACCAACGUUCAGGAGUCUUUCAGAUCGCACACCACCUCCGACACGCACGUACUCAUCGACCACAAGCACUCUGUACUCACCAAGUCUGGCAAGCAUCACCAGACGCUGGCUGCUGGCAGGCACACCUUCUCCUUCCAGCUCGAUCUUCCUUCUGAACUCCCUGCCUCCCUUCAGCUCAUCAAUGGCUCCGCUGAAAUCAAAUACAAGCUCAAAGCCCACGCCUACAGGCCCCACACUUUCCAGAAAGACCUCCACUCUUCGCAACCCAUCAAUAUCAUCCACGGUCUCCCCUCGGAAGCCCUCGAGUUCUCUCAAACUCUCGACAUUGAGAACAUUUGGCCACAGAAAAUUUUGUACGCCAUCACCCUUCCACACAAGGCCUUCGCCGCUGGUGACUCUAUACCCAUAUCCAUCAAGCUCACCCCCAUUCUAAAGGGUGUCAAGGUUACGCAGCUCACCACGAUCAUCAAGGAAUAUGCUCAGUCGAACGGCAAGCAUUGUAAGCAGGAUUCAUCUAGGAUCGUGUCUACCUAUAGGCACCACUUCUCCUCCGAUGGCGAGCCUAUUCCCGUUGAAGUCGCCGCUUUCCGUAGAGCUGACUCUACCGCCGCUUCCACUCCCCCCAAUAGGUCUCUUCCUUCUAGUCCGUCAUCACGCCCUGUUUCAAACUCCAAUCUCGAGCCUGUCCGCUCUCUUGAUCUGUCCAAUCCUCCAACUCCCGCCGCCGACCCGUCCAGAUCUUCGAGAAGAGCUAUGGUGGGGUGGGCCGAUAACGAUCCCCGUUUCGCCGAGGGCCCUGAGGAUCUCACUGAGCUCAAUGACGGCGAGGUUGACACGGUUAUCAAUGUCCACCUCCCGACUACAGCAGUCCCCUCCCACCAGUACUGGCCCGUAUACAUAAACCACAAGAUAAAAUGGUCCUGCAUGAUCCAGAAUCGUGACGGACACCAAUCGGAGUUACGCUGUGCGUUGCCGAUCCACAUUCUAUCACGGGAGCUGUUACAGGAAACGGUGGUAAGUACCGCAAAUGCGCGCCGCGCUCUUUUCGGUGAAUCAGCUGGAGCGCCAGACCCCCAAACGGCAGAUGAAGCUGCAACAGCGGCAGCGACAGCGGAUCUGCCCUCAUACUCAAAUCACAUCUAUGACCGCGUCCCGAAUGCCAAUGUCGUCACUAGCGGUACUGUCCCUUCUGGAUACGGCAACCAUACUUACUCCCCGCUCGGAUCCCCCGGUGCGCACAUGUCACCCGUUGCUUCAAGACCCGCGACGCCCGGUGCGUCCUCGUUCGCCGUGCGCAGCACUGGCGGCAGCACUGGCAGCGGUGCGGCUACUCCCCCAGACCAACUUUCUCCCUCAGCUGCAGGACAGACGUUGCCGACCCGCCCGCAGAUGAGCUGGGCUGAUAGCGAGUUUUACCUCAGUCUAGGCGAGAUUGAACGUGCUCAGAGACGCAACCAACCAGGCGCGGGUGGGAGUGGGAAUGGGUCGCCUAAGCAUGCAAACCACAAUUCAAACUCACAGUCAAACGCACACGCACUCUCUUACUCACAACUCCCCUCGCAAGCUCGCUCGCCGGGCAGCUCGCGCAACGUUUCUCGCAGCCAAUCGCACGCGUCCAGCCGUGCAGGCUCGCCGGAACCCGGGGAGCGCGAGAGUGGGAGUGGGAUUGGGCGCAGAGGAAGUGAACAGCAACAGGAGCAAGAAGGGGACACUGCAAAUGCGAUCAGUUUGAAUGAUGAUGACGACGUGCUGCCAGCGCCGUCGGAGGGGCGCGACACCUCUUCACACUCACAUAAACCAUCCAGACCGUCUUUCGGCUCGUCGCAUUCGCUCAAUAACCUCUUCGGAGGCCCACAUUCUGGCAGCAAACUUAAUUUGCAUCUCCCUAAGGCUCUCAGACCGCUGACUAGCUUUAAGAGCCAUUCACACUCAUACUCUCAUUCGCCUUCUCAGAAUAACUCGGCCGGCAGCUCCAAGCUACACUCGCCCACGGCGUCGCAUUUCGCGGAGCAGGGCGGUCAGGUUGCAGAGCAGGAGGAGGGCAAAAAGGGCGAGAGAGGAGAGGAGGGAGAGGGAGACGACGUCAGCGCCCUCAAUCGCGUCCCAUCAUACGAUGUCGCCAGCCGCGGUUUCUUAGGCGGCGGAGUUGUCCCGUUACCUGAGGGACUACCGACUUACGACGAGAGCCAGACGAACGACGUUCAGAGAUCGUCCACGCUCGACGCAGACAGCAUGAAGAAACUGCGCGAGGCUAUGAACAGACAAAACCAAGGCGUUGUCUCAGGCAGCACACAGAAUCAGUCCCUUAAUGAGAGCCUCAGCCAUAUGAAUCUCGGUCAGCAGGGCGGUGCGCAGACUUCACAGACUUCACACAUCCCGUCGAGAUCACCUAGCAGAGCAUCGCGCUCCUCCGAUCACUCCCACUCUCGUCGUCCUCAUGUCAAAUUCACCCUUGAGCACGAUAGUGAGGAUGAGGAGGGUGCGUGA